AUGAAUGUCCCUCAAACAAUAAAUACAUCUCUAUUAGAAACCCAUUUAUUAAAUUUAACCAAGGAAAAAUUAAUAGAAUAUCUAAUAUGUUUAGAGGAUGCAUUACUUAAAUAUAGCGAGUCUCCUUCAAUUAUACCCCCAAGAAUUGUGGAAACAACGAAAAAAAACAAAAAUACGUUGUUUUUCAUGCCUGUUGUAGAUGAUACUUUUAGCGGCAUUAAAAUCUUACAUAAUAAUUCUGCAAAAAAUAGCGGAUUUAACGGUUCUAUACUAUUAAUUGAUCCAAACCAGGGUUCAGUAAAAUAUAUUUUGGAGGCUGGUGUGAUCACUGGGUUUAGAACCGCUUUGGCUAGUUGUAUUGGAUUGUAUAGGGAAUACAUCACUAGUUUAACAGAGAAGAAAGAUACUUUUGUUAUUUCAGUCUUUGGUACUGGUUCUCAAGCCUUUUGGCAUAUUUUACUAAGCUGCAAAUUACUUCAGGAUUUAUGUGAUAAAAUAAUCAUCCAGGUUUUUUAUAGAAAUAGUAAGCUUAAUUGUGAAGAGAAAAUUAAGGAGAUACUAAAUAGUAGUGGAACUGGCAAUGCUAAGAUUCAGUUCGUUCACCAUAAAUUGGAGGAUUCUUUUAAAAUCCACUGCAGUGACGUUAUUUUUGGAUGCCUACCAUCCACUGAACCAAACAUAUUGUACAAAUAUUUGGAGUCAGAAAAUGAUAGUAUGCUAUACAUCUCAUUAAUUGGUUCUUACAAACAUUUUAUGAAAGAAUGCGAUGAUCAUUUGAUUAAUUAUGUUUUAGUGGAAAGUGCCGGAAAAAUUAUUGUGGAUUCAAAAGAGCAUACGUUACUCGAAGCCGGUGAGUUAAUCAAUGUUAGAAAAGAUCAAUUGGUUGAAAUAGGUCAAUUGAAAACGUGUGAUAAAAAAGAAAUUUUGGGAAAUCCUAAAAAAAGAAAAAUUAUUCUAUGUAAAAUUGUGGGAUUAGCUAUUAUGGAUGUUGCAGUAUCGAAGAAAAUUGUUACAGAUAUAUAA